CAUGUGACCAGUUCAGUAGCGUAUGUGCUUAUUGUCUGUUUGUUUGGUGAUCUCAAUCUGCCUUUUGUUGCAGGGAAUAAAAAGUCACUUCAAAUUAAAAUGUAUAGUUUCACAGCUUUAACAUAUGGUAUGGGGAGGGUUGGAUCAAUGUCUUUCACAACACGUUUCAGUUUGAUGUUUCACGUUUGGUUCAUAUUAUCAGGAAUAUUUGGCGAGCUAUUUGCUUUUAAUGUUAAUCUGGAUAAUGUACAGAUUCUGAAAGAUAGCAGUGGACACGGAAACUUGUUUGGAUAUAGUGCAGCCCUCUAUACGUCAGAUGAUGGUGGCAUCGAUGCAAUGAUUGGAGCCCCCAAUCGUAGUACAAUUAGAACCGAGGAUAAGUAUGCAAAAGGAAAAGUCGUUAUUUUCAAAAACAUAUUAAAUGAAACCAAACGAACUGAAGAGGAGUUUUAUUACAAAAAUCCAGCAGAUUACAACACAGAUUCAUCAGACGAGGGCUUUGGUUCAACAGUUGUUGCAGCUGAUUCUAGUCAUGCUUUAGUGUGUAGCCCUGCUUUAAAGGACUCUCGAAAUCCCACCUAUACCUUAACACUCGGAAGAUGUACACUGCGCGGACAUCAAAGCAACUUGGACAUAAAUCCAUAUUUUUCUUACAAUCGAUCAGACUACCAUACAAAGAUUGAUGAAAGACGUUACUUAUUAAAUGGAUUGGCCACCUCGGGCUUUUCGGCUGAUAUAGACGAGAAAUUUAUAGUAAUUGGAGCUCCUGGAGUUUUGAAUUUUGAAGGUUCUGUUUUUGGUUAUGACCUCACUACUAAUUUUAGCUUCAAUUUGAUGGUCAAGGUUGUAAACAAUUUGAAUAAUACAAGCUAUGGUUAUAUAGGCUAUUCUAUCAAGUUGGGCAGAUUCUGUGGUAAACGCGCCAGCUCGUUUUGUGCCGCCACAGGUGCACCUGGAAUGUUUAAUAUUGGGCAGGUUAGAUUAUUGAAACGUAGUCCGAAGAAACCAAAGAAUGAACAGAUUCAAGUCUUGCAAAGAAUCAGGGGACCAAAUAUGUGGUCAAGAUUCGGCCACUGUCUCGGUGUUGUGAAUAUAAAUAAUAAUCCAUACGAUGAUCUUCUGGUGGGUGCCCCACUUUACACUGAGUGGUCUGACCCAGACCAUGUUCCAGAUCAAGGAAUGGUUUUCAUAUAUCAUUACAGUGAACAGAGCAAGAAAUAUGAACAAGAAAAUGUCUUCUUAGAUGGAUCAAAGUUACCAUAUGCAAGAUUCGGAUCAGCCUUAACGGAUAUCGGAGACAUUAAUCUCGACGGAUUUGUAGAUCUUGCUGUUGGAGCUCCUGGAGAAACUGAUGGAGCUGGAAGUAUUUACAUUUACUUGGGAUCUUUAAAUGGAUUUGUUAAUGUACCAAGUCAAAGAAUUCAAGCCUCGCAGAUUUCCAGUACAUUAAGAGGUUUUGGAUUCGCUUUUUCAAACAAACAAGUUCCACCAAAUAAGAAAUACCCAGUGUUCGCAGCGACAUCCGUUCUUAGUGAAACAGUGGUUGUUUUUACGUACAAGUCAAUCGUGGACGUUGAGGCGACACUUACAGCCACACCCAAUCCAGUAAACACUACACUUCCAAGUCCCUGUAAUACAACUGACUCAAGAGAAUUACAGGAGACAUGCAUUCAAGUCAAAUUCUGUUUGAGGUAUACAAUUAGAGGUGAAACAUUCCGAGCAAUCAAUUUCUCCAUUCAAUUGGCUAUUGACACUAAAAUCAAAGCAGUCAAUAAUAAACGUUCUAUGUUUACAACCAACAACAAUCAAUUCAUGGAAACAGUUAAAACGUACCUAAAAGUCGGUACAGAAAAUGAGGACGAAUGUUCUAAUUUUGAAGCAGUACUUCGAAAGGCUCAAAUAAACAAAGACAGAUUUACACCAAUUAUUAUUGUUGCAAACUUCAGUAUAGAGCCUCUCCAGAAUGCAACUAAUGAUUUAACUCUGGAUGAAACUAAAGCUAAAAAUAGAACUUUGGAAGUGACAUUUGUUAAGGAUUGUGGUCCUGAUGCCAAAUGUGAAGUUGAUCUUUCGGUUAAUGCUACUUUCACAUUACAGCCUUCAAACACACGAUGGACCCAUCUUGUGGUCAAUCUGACUCAGGAAAUCAAUUUGAAAAUCGUCGUCAAGAAUAAAAAUGACCCAUCCUAUGGCACUGUGGCUAUGAUUGAGCUGGAUUCUUAUGUACCAUUCAUCAAAGCAAAAUCAGAUCGUAACUGUGUGAUUGGGGCCACUAAUACAACGGACAUUUCCUUAACGACAGAUAAGUUAGGGAUAUGUUGCAUCUUCUAUGAACCACUAGAAAAUACUGGUGAAAUCUCAUUUGAUAUAUCCUUCCAAAUUGAUGAAGUGGAUUUAACGCGUGACUUGAAGGCAACGAUUGAGGUCAAGCCUAACAGCCCAGAAUACAACCCAGAAAUGUACAGAGCAGAUAACUCUUACGUGGUCGAAGCUCCACUUUAUAUUGUAGCUAGUAUUGCGCUCGAAAGUUCCUCAACACCACCAGAACAUAUUGUUUAUGAUGCCAAGAACUCUUCCAGCCACGCCCAUGAUGAAGAGCAAAGUUUAUUUAAUGUCACUCACAAAAUUCUAAUCAGAAAUAAUGGUCCAAGUUUUCUUCCGAAAACUGAGAUUCUGGUGGAGGUGCCAAUGUAUUUAUUUAAUGAGACUCAGUUGGUAAUAAGCACAGAUGUGAAGAUGUCCACACCGUCAGGGGAAGUCCAUUGCCACUCAAACGCAGAUAUUGAUCCAAAUUUUGUAGAAACGACAACAUUAGAAGAGACUGAUAAUCAAGAUCAUGAAGAAGCGAAAAGAAAGCGAAGAUCGGUGGAUAACAAAGAUAACGGAAAAAUUACUUCUUUGAGAUGCCGGGACAAUAACAAUCUGUGUCAGUUAUUCACUUGUCUGUUGAAUACCAACCUAGAGUCCAAAAGCUAUGCUGAGAUAAAUGUCACUAUGGUUUUAGAUUUAUCUCGAAUGUACAUCAGAGAGGAAUUCCAAACUCUUCAGCUAGUUAGCGAUGUGAUUGUCAAAGAACCCAAACACCCUCAAUUCAAAUGCUGGGGAGCCGACCAACGUCACGAGACGAUAACACAAUUCCACUUCAUGGAGUCUGUCAGUAAGAUAAAUAUCUGGAUUAUCAUUGGAAGUGUCAUAGGUGGACUGGUUCUCAUUACAAUCAUCGUCAUCAUUCUAUGGAAGGUUGGAUUUUUUAAGCGCACCAAACAUUGGGAAGUUCAGAGGCAGAAAAGAGAAAGCAUGAGGAUGGCACAGGAAGUAAACCUAAUCCCAAAGUCUGAAGAUGAAAUACUAGACAGUACUUCUACUGAAAACUUGGACGAGAUGUUUAUUUAGUCGGAGAAGUUUUUGUAAAAAUUUUAACCUUGGAGUUUUAAGAAAUAAAAUCACAUUUUUAUUAAUGUAUUAUUUUUUAAAGAAAAUUAAUCACAUUUUUAUUUUGUAUUGAAAAUUGGAAAAUAAAUGAGCUUAAUGGAGAUUCCGAUCCAUGACGAAUAAGUGUACACAGCUAAAAUUGUGUGUAUCUGUGUAGAGAAUGUAGACAAUUUUGAUAUAUACCUUGUACUGUAGGAUACCUUUUUUGUGCGCUGUUAAAUCAAAUAUUUAAGCUUUUUGUCUGGUAGCAUAAAGUGAACUUUCAAGAUGGCGCCCUUGACAUUGUUCAAUUUGUCUCUUUAUUUCAAAUUUUAUUUAUUUCAAAUUUAUUUAAAUCAAAUGUAUGUAUAUCAAAUUUAUUUCAAAUUUAUGUAUAUCAAAUGUAUUUAUUUCAAAUUGUGUACCUAUCUCCAUGUCUUUAUUUUCUGACAUUUUUCUUGACAAAACCUUAUACCUCCUCCACGUUUUCUCUUCUGUUAUUAUGCUAUUAUGUUAUUUCAUUGUGUUACUUCAAGAAUGUAAAGCGGAAUUGAAAAGAUGAACACGUAAAUAAAGAGGAGAGUACUGUGUUGAAAGUUUGUCAUGUUAAUCCCCAAUUAUAGCUGGUUUUUAGCGGUCCCUGAAAGGUAGUAUUUUAGAUCAUUCAAAGUUCUGAUGCAACUGUUACUUUUCUUUUCCUGAAAGCGAAAAAUUGAGUUUAAGUUUCUUUGUCAACUAUUAGCUCAAGAAUAACAACCGGAGUACAUAAUAAUUUGAGAUUAUUCAAGAUUUUUUAUGUGUAUGUCUUUUCUCAUAUGCCAUUGGUCGAAUUUUACGACAGACAAUUGUUUUAUUGUUGUUGUUGUUUGAUAUUAAACUUGUAUAAACUGUGUAAGAAUAUAAUAAAUCUUUAAUUCGUAACUAACAAUUAAAGGUUUU